UUAGGCAGUACUUAAAAAACUAGAAAAUGUUGCGUCAUACCAGUAAGCUUUCAUCAAUGUUAGUCCGUGGGGUUUCUCUGUCCCGACAGUGGAACAAACAAUUUGAAAUAAAUAAUAAUCAAGAAUUUGUUAGUAAGGUAAUGAAUAGUUCAAUACCAGUUAUCGUAAACUUUCAUGCUCACUGGUGUGAACCUUGCAGAAUACUCACACCUAAAUUAAUAGAUCUUAUAGAACCAAUGGAUAAAUUAGAUCUUGCCAUUAUAGAUCUAGAAUUGAACCCAGAGUUAGUACACAUCUUUGAAGUAAAAGCUGUACCAGCUGUUGUAGUAAUUUCAAGUGGAUUGGUUAUUGAUAAAUUUAUAGGUUUAGUUGACAUCAAGAUGAUAGAAAACUUAAUACAUAAACUUACUCAGCAGAAUGUAAUAACAUCCUCGAAUUCUGAAGAUGAUAGAAGAGAAGCUUAA